ACAGCCUGGGCUCGUAGUAUUGUGUAGGUAAAGCGUGGAAUUAUGGUUCAAGUUCAAUGAACCCAGCUCAUGUAAUUAAUCAGAUGAUGAGAUGAACCCCCUUUCCGUCCUCGACCUUGUAUAAAGGCCCGGUGCUGGCAGCGAUCAUUAUGCCUUCCGUUCCUCAUCCAGCAGGGUUACGUUUGUUUCCAACUCAAGAUCAUUCGGCAAAAUGAGGUCUUUCGUAGCUAUUACUGCUGCCUUCGCUGGCAUCGUUUCUGCCCUCGACCCUAUCUGCGAUGCCGAGUGCCAGAAGGCCGCCAUCCAGACCACCAACGAAUCUGAAGCAUCUCUCUGGGUGAGCGACAUCGUGUCCGACCCCUUCUACUCUACUCCUUCCAACUUCACCGCUGCACAGCUUUCUUUGAACUGGACCAUCCCCGCCAGUCUGUCAUUGUCAAGGGUCCUCUAUGUGACCGAAGACAUCGACCGCAAGCCGAUUCCCGCAUCUGCUUGGGUUCUCUUGUCUUUCUCCAACCCGUUCGCCAAGCCCGGUGCUACGGCCGAAGAGAACAAGCUCCGCACCGUCGUCUGGACCCACGGAACUGCCGGCCGUAGCCGCUUGUGUGCCCCCACGAACAACAAGGGCCUUUACUACGACUGGAAAGCCCCCUUCAUCCUCGCCGAGUCUGGGUACGCUGGUUUCAUGUACGAGUCUGGUUGGCUCCACGUUGCCGAUGUCGCAUACUCUCUCGUUGCCUCUAGAAAGGUCAUCGGCGACCUUUUAGGACAGAAUUGGGUGGUCUAUGGACACAGCGAGGGUGGCAUGACGGCAUGGAGAACGAACGAGCGUCUGGCUCAGCCCGACCAAGAAGCCCUUUUGGAAGCCGGCGAGUUCAUCGGCUCCGUGGCUGCCGCCCCUGCUUUGCGGCCGCAGAAGCUCAUUCCCGCCUCUAUGGCGCUUGCUCAAGGAAAGGCUGCCCACGAUCCCUUCUCGGUUUACUUCCUCCAGUCUCUGUCUCUGCUCUUCCCAGAUCAGAUCAAGGUUGCGGACUACCUUGGAGAGAUUCCUCUGCAGCGCCUGGCUGCCCUCGACAAGUCGUGCUUCACGUCUGGCUUCGCUAUCGUCGGCGAUUUCACCCCGGAGCAGCUCUGCAAGAACACCAGCUGGCUGACACUCCCUGUCGUCAACGACUGGGCCGUUCGUUACAACGGCCAGGGCCCGUACUCCAUCGCGGCGCCAAUGUUGGUGAUUUCGGGCGAGACCGACACCAUUACACCGAACAAUCUUACGCUCGAUGACUUCAACCAGACUUGCACCUCAUUCCCUGAGAGCCCUGUUCAUGCUAGAGUCUACCCGAGCAUGGGUCACGGCCAGGUCCUGGAGGCGGCGAGAGCUGACAUUGCUGCAUGGAUCGCGGCGAGAUUCGAGGGAGUCCCGGUGGAGAAGACAUGUGUCAAGGAGGAGGCUAAGCCGCUUACUGACAGAUAUGCUAUUGGCGAGCUUUUCUGGCAUGCGACUGCUCAGCCCUUCUAA